AUGUUGUAGGUGUCGAGACAGGAGCAAGAUAUCGAUGGUUCCAGUAUGUUAUUGACAUCCCAAGCUCCGGUAACUGAACUAGUGUCACUUGUCUGGCCACAUGUUAUUAUCGCUAUUUUCUCGGUAAGUACUAUGAUUUCUCUGCUAACGCUUUGUGUAUCAACACAUUGUUGCCGAAAUGUGAAAAAGAAGGAAAAUCCAUAUGGAGAAAUUUCCACAGCACCAACUCCUGAUGUCUCUGUUUCAGCGGUCGUUUCUAGAAGCAAAACUGAUGGAUCCCGGCUUCAUCACCCUUGUCGUCUUUCCUGUCCCAGUCUGAACCUCCAUGAACGAUCACUUCACCGCCUUUCCGCACCACUUCCUCAAUCUUCUGUGACAACGAAGCGAGCUCUGCCAGAGUUACCUGAACUAUCGGCACGACUUGAAAAUAAAAAUCGGGGCGCUCUAUAUUCAACAAUCGACCAUUCAAUGCCUGUUCUCGGUCGAGACGGUUCAUUUUUGUAUAGUGAAGGACCAACAAACCCAACUUAUGAAUCUAUUGAUGUGGAUUUCUAUUCGAAGUUAGGAAAUGGUGGUCCAUCUCUGAAGCGAUAUGACUAUCCCAUUUUUGCACCAGAAAAUCGACCAACAAUCGCUACAGAUGAUGUACUUUAUCAGAGUGCUUCACAGAUUUAUGCAGGUGUUAGCGAAGAUCCAUACAGCUCAAUAACAAGUCAUACAGGUGGUGAAGCGAAUUAUGAUGUUGAGUAUAGCCAUGUACAAGAAAGUAUGAAUACGGAACCUCCACGCUAUCUUGCUAAUGCGCAAGCAGAAAGUCGCACUCUCGAUCAUCUCUAUUCACGAAUUCGACGUGGGCCAUCAAUGCACAGGGCUACAAAUUCAUCCACAUAUCGAUUCCUGCCCUCGAAUGAAUUCGCUGUUGAAUAUAAUUCAAGUGGAAGUGACAAGACAAGUCGAGAACCAUCGUAUCGCUAUAUAACGGUACGAGAAAGUGUUGAUGUUAUCCGACAGCGGCUGAAUGAGUUUAAUUCAUCUUCGAACACAGCUCAGUCGGUUAUAACUAGUGGUUAUGGACUAAUACGCGAGCAUUAUUAUUCGUCGAUUGGUGGUAGUGAUUAUGAAACAUUACAAAUCUCAGCAACAUCCGCUAGCCACCCAUCAUGCGAUGAUCAGCAAGUCCUUUCAACAUCCUGCGCCAGUCACGAUGUAGAGCCUGAAACGAUAUCCAGUGCUGUUAGUGUUUGUGAAAAUAUACCGCCGAAACCACCCACUUCUCCUAUACCUCUACGUAUCACUGUUAUAGAAGAUAAUUUGCAAAAAAAGCAACGAUCGUUAUCAAGUACUAAUAUGAAUGAAGCUGUAAAUGAUGAUGACAGCUGCAAUAACAUUUCGGAAAAAAUCCGCAAACUUAGAACGAAUUUUUUUGAUCAAGAACUCAAAUUGUUGGAGGAUUUGAAGGGUUCUUCGUCAACCAAUCUUCGCUUUAGGGAGUUAUUGGGAACUAUCAAUCAAUGUGGAACAUCAAAAUGGGUUAAUUCUUCCGGAAUUAACCGAAAUUUAGAAUCGAAGCAGUAUGGUGUUCAGACUUCGUCAACAAACUUUGAUGACAUCUAUCCGCACUUGCCAAAAUCAACUGCUGACAGACCAAACGUACAUAAUGCACAGAAUGUAACCCAGAAUGCGCCUCCUUUUACUGCAAAUAGGCAAAAAGUUAUUGAUGAAGAGCACUGUGAAAUCACUACACAGAACUCAAGAUCUCGUGAUUUCCACAAAGCAAAUAUCCUUGGGACAAAGCAGUCUAUCGAAGAGGAAAGCAACGACGAAGAGCAAUAUUCCAUUCCUAUGAGACGCCACAUACUCGGUAAUCAAACUGAGAAUAAUAGUAGGAAUACUUGCUUCCCAAAGGCGUCACUGAAUGAAUCUUCGAAUGAUACUAAAAAAGACAUGGAAGCACAGCCUCUUUCCUGUCAGCGAAAUAUGAUGGAAUUAUGUGAAGAAAGUGGUACGGAAGGUGAUCGAUCUGUGCAAACAGCUAGUCUUAACUUCUCACAUGAAUCAGUUGACGAAAAUGUUCGAAAUGAUGAAGACAGCAGCGAUGUAGUGAAAACUGCCAAAACUGAUCCUUCUUGGUCAUUGAUCUCAUCCGGUGAAAAUAUACUUUCAUAUGUGAACAGGGCGGACAAUAAAUCACCAGAAGCACCUGGAAUAAAUCAGUACAAUUUUCUGAAGAAUUAAUUCUUUUUUAACUUGUUUUGGUGUUUCAAUUUCUGAUGUUUCUAUUUAUCCUUGUUAAAUUUUAUAUAAUUUUACAUGUUUAAGCAGUUCCGAG